UUUAUGGGUUGUGAACAUCAAGUGUUGACAACGAAAAACAACAAAAACAUUUAGAACUAUUGUUUCUAUUAUACCUAUUUCAAUCAAUUCAACUUUCCUCCCCGGUUUUAAUUCUAUGGUGUGAAUGCUGGUAAAAUGCGCGAAGUGUCGCUGCUCACCAGUAAAACGAACUCUUCUGUGAUGUAACAGUCGCCAUGACAGUUCGUUACAGUGAAGAAAGCAAUGCAAUUUGUGGACAUCUCCUUGGUCCUGAAUCCUUCGCUGUGAAAAGGAUGAUCUAAAAUACAUCUCGGUACAACGGUCGACUCGUUUGGCUUCUCAUACCACCAUCAAAAGGUAUCGUUUUCUAUAGUGCAUCACUCACGGAUCAAAACAAUCAAACGAUGGAGGCGAAUUGUGUCAUUCAGCCCUGGAAAAGGUACGUGUCGGUUUUUAUUUUGUUCUCUGCCACCAUAAACACGUUGUCUGCCGUUACCCAUUAUUCUAUUCCCGAAGAAAUGGAGGAAGGCUCUGUUGUUGCUAAUCUAGCCGCUGAUUUGGGACUGGACGUGAAAACACUGAGUAGACGGAAGAUGCGGUUAGACAUCAUUGCCAAAAAGAAAUACUUGGAUGUGAACAAAGAAACAGGCGAACUGUACGUUGUUGAGAAGAUAGAUCGAGAAUAUCUCUGCGCUUCUAAAACAGCCACGACUUGUUUUCUGAAAUUGGAUGCGACAAUCGAAAACCCAAUACGAAUAUUCAACAUCGAAUUGGAAAUAAUGGAUAUCAAUGACAAUGCGCCACACUUUCGACGGGAUUCCAUACAUCUGGACAUAUCUGAAUCCACACCAACCGGGGAAAGAUUCUCGUUAAACAACGCAGUGGAUUCUGAUGUCGGUACAAACUCGGUUAAAACAUACUACCUCAGUGAGAGUGAGCAUUUUAAUAUUGAAGUUCAGACUGGGAGAGACGGGUCAAAGUUUGCUGAUCUAAUUUUGAAAAAGACUUUAGACCGAGAGGAGCAGGCGGUUCAUAAUCUAAUACUCACCGCUGUAGAUGGCGGAGUCCCCGCGCGGUCUGGCACAGCUAGCAUCAUUGUUCGCGUGCUGGACACGAAUGACAACGCCCCUCAAUUUGAAAAGGAUAAUUACAAUAUAAACAUAAUGGAGAACUAUCCAUUUGGAAGUCUUGUGGUUAAAUUGAACGCAACGGAUAUAGAUGAUGGCACUAAUUCGGACAUUGUCUAUUCAUUUAGUUUGUAUACAUCAGAAAAGGCGAAAGGCACCUUCAGUCUGAACCCAGCUAACGGAGAAAUCAGAGUAAAAGAAAUGAUAAAUUAUGAAGAUUUUAGAAUUUAUGAUAUGGAAGUCAUAGCAACCGACAAGGGGACCAAUUCCUUAUCAGGACAGUGUAAGUUAACUCUUCUGGUCACAGAUAUGAAUGAUAAUCAUCCAGAAAUCUCCAUCAAAUCAUUUCAAAGUCCAGUCAAGGAGGAUAUAGCAGUAGACACGGUGAUAGCAGUGGUUAGUGUCAGCGAUAAAGAUUCAGGUGAUAAUGGAAAAGUCGAUAUUCACAUUGCUGAUCAAUUGCCAUUUGCACUAAGAGAGUCUUCUGAUAACUAUUAUGAGUUGGUAGUUUCACAACCUCUCCUCUCUACCAAGGAGCACGGGCCUGACAGAGACCAGCGAUUCAGCGGCCUCUACAUUGCAAUCGCCAUGACAGUUCGUCGCUAG